AUGCCAUUCUUAAACAUAAAGGGCAUCAAUCUAGAAAUACUCGACUUCUCAUUUUUGUACGGCAACGUUGUGGUGAACCAUUCCAUAACUUGUUUCAGUUGUCGCAAAAACAGUAACAAUGGGAUGAGUCUCAACCUAACGGGAACCCCCUUUUACUACUCAGAUUUUGACAACGUAUUCUGGUCUUCAGGUUGUGGUAAUUUGGCCACUAUUUUCGACAGGGAAACAAGUAAUCUUGUAGGCGGGUGUUUGCAGCCAAGUUGUGCAAUUAGUAAAGAGACUUCCUCUGCUACUGGCUGCCCUUUUAAUAUUCCGCAGGGUCUCACUUUUUUCUCUGCAAACAUGAGUGGUCGAGUUGAUUCUAGCAAUUAUAGCCGAAAAAGAUCUUGCGGAUUUGCUUCCUUGAUAAAAUCAGACUUGUAUUUUGAUUUGACCUUGGAAUCAAAUGAUUUUGAUGUAAACAAUUGGACGUAUGUUCCAACAUCACUGCAGUGGAGCACACCGAUGUCUGGAUUGUGCCGUUUGAGACAAGGUAUAAACACUUCUUGUAGCUCCGAUCGUGAAUAUUGCUGGCAAAGUUUGAGCUCUACUCAUCUAUGUGUUUGCAACAAGAAAUUUGGCAUCGGUGAUAUUUCAACGUAUUGCGAAGAAGAGAAUUGUGGGAUCUAUGUUAUGUGUCACAUGCUUUGUUUAAAUACUCCUGGCAAUUAUUGUUCAUCACAGGACUGCCCUCCUGAAUAUAAAUACAAUAGUACGGGACUUAGGUGUGAGCCCGAUGAAAUUUCAAAAGCCCCGCCAAAAAAUAUGCAGAGUUUGACCAUCAUUAUUAUAGGUACGUGUUGA